CAUUCUAUAUGCAAAAUUUUACAUGAGUUUGGACUUCUCUAACAUAAAGUGAACUAGUCAUAAAUGAUAAGCACCCAAAGUCCCAAACAAAGGUCCGCUGCAAUUACUGCUCCUACACAUAUUUGUUUUCUAUUAUAUAUAUGCAACACACACAAACCACUCAAAGUUCAUUCGUGUCAUCUCUUUAAUUUGUCUUAAUGGUCCUUCUAAGAUUGGAGACCAAAAUGAGAUGUUCUUGUAUGUUUUUUCGAUAUUCUCCAUUCCUUAUUCUUUUCAUCAUCAUUACUAACAUCAGCGCUCAAACUCGAUCAUUAACAAAAAAGAACCUGCUAAUUAGGCCUUUCAAUAACACCAUUUCAGCUUUCUUUGUGUUUGGAGACUCCACAGUUGACUCUGGCAACAACAACUUCAUAAGCACUGUUACUAAGUGCAAUUUUCAUCCUUAUGGAAGGGACUUUGUGAACCACAUCCCCACUGGACGGUUCACCAAUGGCCGCCUCGUCACUGAUUUCACGGCAUCUUAUAUAGGAGUGAAAGAAUUCGUGCCACCAUAUUUGGAUCCAGCACUUAGCUUGGAGGAGCUGAUGACUGGCGUUAGUUUCGCCUCUGGUGGCUCUGGUCUCGACCCUCUCACAGCUCAAAUAAGUGGUGUAAUUCCACUGGAAGAGCAGCUAGAAUAUUUUAAAGAAUACAAAAUGAGGCUUGAAAAUGAGAUUGGAGAGGAAAGAACAAAAUUGCUAAUAAGCAAAGCAGCAUUCUUGAUAAGUGCUGGCACAAAUGACCUUGUUAUUAGUUAUUUUAAUACCCAAUUUCGAAAACAGUUCUACACUGUCUCUGGCUACCAGCAGUUCAUGCUGCAACAAAUGCAACAGUUUCUUCAGGAUUUAAUCGCUGAGGGAGCUCGACUCGUCGGAAUUGUAGGGUUACCGCCAAUCGGGUGCUUACCGGUGGUCAUCACCACGAACACGGCCAGCAACCCAUUGCAACCCCGUCAAUGUAUUGACUCAUACUCCGCCGUGGGAAAAGAGUAUAAUUUUCUUCUCCAAAAUAUGUUAAAGAAUAUGAAUAUUCAUGGCGUGCAAUUAGUGUAUGGUGAUAUAUACAAUCCUUUAUAUGACAUGGUACAAAAUCCCAACAAGUAUGGUUUUGAUGAUGUCUACACUGGCUGUUGUGGAACUGGGCUUUUCGAGCUUGCACUUUUGUGCAAUCCAAAUUCAAUUGUUUGCGGUAAUGCUUCGGAGUUUAUUUUUUGGGACGCAGUGCAUCCAACUCAAGCUACUUAUUAUAAUUUGUUCAAGUCCUUGCGUCCCACCAUUGAUUCUAUCCUCAAGCAAUAAAAAGUUAUUUGGUUGGGGGGAAUAAGAUGUGCUUGGUGAUUUGGAAAUUGUGUAAGAAAUAUAUUACAUAUAUCAUGAUUAGAUCAUUAUGCAGGUGGUAGAUGAUGACUUGUGGACUUGUGGUUGUGGUUUCUUCUUUUUUACUGCUAAUUGGAUAUACUUUUUAAUGUUUGGGUCUACGAAGAACAAAAGUAAUUAUUUUUCAAUUUUAAAAACUAAAAACUGACUA